UAAACAGUGAACAAAUUUAAUUGUUAAUGUGUGCAUUAACCACAUGUGUUAACCAUUAUCUUCAGUGCACUUGAAGUGACGUUUUCUGCCGUCAUCACCUUUGCACUUUGACCAGCGUUAUCCCAUCACUGGCUAUAAUCCAUUAUAUUAUGGCUAUAAUCAAUUGUAUGUUCACAAACAUGGGCAAUGACAAACAACUUUAACCACUGUACUAAACCCUGAUACAGUGAUACUUGUAUUCAGCCAUGCUUCAACCAACCAGGCUUGUAUGAACAAACUUUCGCAACAUGGCUAAAAUAUUCCGCGAGACAUACGAAGGCCUGAGCAAGCAGCAGCAGGUUUUUGUAGCGGGUGCUGCUGUGCUUGCUACGGCCGGUGUGGCCUGUGGUGCUGCCUGGUGGUGGUACAGAAAGAAAACACCAACUGAGCUCGUUUUUAAACCUGUUGGGAAACUGAGCACUAUCUUCAUUCAUCCCAUCAAAUCAUGCAGGGGUCAGGAAGUGACCAUGGCAGAGUGCACCCCUACAGGUCUGCGGGGUGACAAUGGACUGUUUGAUAGGAAUUUCAUUAUUCUGGAUGAAAAUGACAACAAGGUUACUUUGAGAAUGGAACCGACCCUGGCGCUGGUUGUACCCAGUCUGUCAGAGGAUGGCAAACGGUUAAUUCUUGAAGCACCUGGAAUGGACACGUUGGACGUCAGUUUUGCAGAAAUUACAAGCUCAACGAAUCCGAUCCUGAAAUUUAGAAUGUGGAGAUUGGAUUCAUCUGGGUUGUAUUGUGGCCAAAGAUGCGAAACCUGGAUAAGUACCUAUCUCGGCAAGCAAGGUAGCAGACUUGCUUAUUUUAAACAGGGCGUCAUCGCGGACAGAAUUUUGCAACAGGAUACGAGAUGGGGACACAGAUUUACCGACGAGAAACUGGGCGGCUACACAGAAUUGAGUCAAUACAAUGUGGCAACCGAGGCGAGCUUAGAUGACUUAAACACCCGGUUGGAGAAGCCUGCAUCCAUGCGAAGCUUCAGACCCAAUCUUGUGGUUUCUGGAACUGGAGCAUUUGAUGAGGACAACUGGAAAUAUUUGAAGAUAGGUGAUACCGUGGUAUUGCGUAGGUCUCAUACGUGUGGAAGGUGUAUAUUGGUCACCGUGGACCCAGAGACUGGUGUGAAGAAUAGUGAUAACGAACCACUAAAAACCCUCAAAGAAUAUAGGUUACUUGACAAAUCGCUUCCGGACAGUAAAGUUUGGGGAAAGACCUAUCCAGUAUUUGGUUCUAACCUCCAAUGCGAGGUGACUGGUCCAGUGAGAGUUGGUGACAUAGUGUAUGCCGUAAUGUGAUCCAUGGUGUCGUGUGCUAAAUGACUGGGCCAAAUUGUAUAAAGCUGUUUAAGGCAUCGGUAGGGGCCAUUAAAACGGUGGUUUAAUUUUUUGACAACAUUAAAAUUCGACGUCUUACUUUACUGGGUAAAAACUUAUAAAAUUGUAUAUAAAACGUAUAAUGGAAAUUGUUUAGAAGGCAGUGGACACUAUUGGUAAUUACUCAAAAUAAUUAUUGGCAUAAAACCCUACUUUGUAACGAGUAAUGGG